AUGGAGCAGCAAGAGAACGGGAAGAUCGCGGUGACCCAGGAGGAGGCGCCCGCCAUCCGCCGGAGCAAGAGGCAGACUUGCAUGAGGCAUUGCAAGAAGUUCUGGUGGCUCCACCUGCUCAUUUUCAUCUGCGUCACCGUCCUGGUCGUCUGUUUGAUCAUCUUUGUCGGCGUCAAGAACAUCGCCCAGUCCAAGAUCAACGACGCGCAGCUGCAAGUGCAGAGCAUCGUCGUGACCAACACGCAGUCGAACCAGUACACCAUGAAGAUCGACAGCACCAUCACGACCGACGGCUCCCAGCACGCCACCAUCGACGCCUUCGACGGCGUCAUGUACCUCGAGGACAAGCCGGGCCACGUGCCGUUCGCGACGGUGCACUUCCCGCAGACCGACUCGUCGGCCUUCCAGGUCGUCAACGUGACGCAGGAGACGCCCGUGACGGACAUGCAGGCCUUCACCGACUUCAACACGUGGCUGCUCGCCAACGAGACGCUGCGCGUCACCGUCGAGGGCCAGACCAGCAUCCACGUGCGCGGCAUCAGCCACGCGUACGGCGUCACGUUCAAGAAGACCAUCACCAUGCCCGGCCUGCAGUCGUUCAACGGCACCACCGUGACCGACACCAAGAUCUCCAUCACGCCCCAGGACGACGGCAACAACUUCCGCGGCAUGGCCAACAUUCCCAACCGCUCCAUUGUCACUUUUGAGAUUGGAAACGCCACCUUCUUCAACUACCUCAACGGCGAGGACAUCGGCACCGUCUACAUCAACAACAUCCUGCUCAAGCCGGGCGUCAACUCGUUCCCCAUGGUGGCCAACAUCACGCAGCUGCCCGUGCUGCAGGCCAUCCGCAAGCAGCCGGCCUGCCAGACGGGCAUCCUCGACUUCCAGCUGCGCGGCAAGGACGUCGUCAACCACGGCCAGCACCUGACCUACUACUCGGACGCCCUGGCCAGCGUCAACCAGACCGUGCCCAUCGACAUCAAGACGCCGCUCGAGGCCAUCCCCAUCCCCGUCUCGUGCUCUUCGUCAUAG